AUGUAUGCAAGUCUACAUUACGUCUUGCAGAAUGUCACUGCCAAGACGACCGGCGAGGAAAGAUUUUCAGUGCUAAAGGUACCGCCGCAAGGACCUAUCGAUUAUCUGUACAUCGACCCGGUGGGAGUUGUACAAAUCGACAACGUCAAGAAGACGACCGAGCACACCAGCGAAAUUCUCAUCAACCCCGACAUAAAGUUGCUUGCUGAGUUUAUCACAAAGUUGCAGAAGGCGAUGACGGACACGAACAGGAACGUGAACGCGAACGAAGUCACUAUCAACGGUGGGAACGUGAGUGCUUGUGACACCGGCAUCAAGAAUGAAAUCUUUAUCGCAUUGCCGAUUUCUUCGGCUGCGCACUUUCAGCACAUUGCUGUCCUUGCUGCCCGGGGCUCCACCGGCGGCAUCGACCAGCCUUUGCUUGAACACCCGAUGUUCUUCGUUGCCGAUCUCCACAGCGUCUAUCCGCCCAGGCACGAACCCCACCGGCGAGAUCGAGUCCAGCAGCUGGUGGACGUCUGUGGCAUUCAGCAUCAGCCCAUCCUGGUUCUGCGGGUGCACACCUGCAGCCAUGAGCAGCAACCGCACGUCCGUCAGCAAGCCACUCUUUCGGAGCACCACGAACAAGUCGGAGGAAUCGGAGGCUUCUUGGCUGUGUCCCGCGAGAUGCAGGUCCUUUGGAGCAAGCCGUACCUCUCGCGGCUCUGGUGCAUUUUUGAGCUCGCCGCCUACCGCACUGCCAACCCGGAGGGCAAGAUCACCAUUGCGCCGCUGUAUGUUGAGCAGAUCGUUGCCGUGAUCUUGAUCUGUGCCUACGGCAUGGCCGCGACCUUUGUGACUGCCCGGGUCCUGAUCCAGGAACGUUUUCGUGUGGUGGUCUAUGGAGUUGCAGCGCUGCCAGCAUUGGUGGUCGUUCACAUGCUGCGCAAAGUCUUCCAAGACAGGCAGCAACUGGUGUCCGACCUCCACAGCUUCGAUCUGGAUGCCGUUCGAUGUCAAAACGAUUUUGAUCGCGAGUUCAUCCACACGGCUAUCCUCAAGUGGUACGGCAGCAAGGACUCUUUCCGGGAAUUUGUGCAGGGCCCCCUGCGCGAGGAGUUGGUGGGGAAGGGCAGCAGGAUACACCUCUCUGGCCCUUACCUCGCCUUGCUUGUGCUUGUCGCCAUGACACCAGGCUUGGAGUUCACAUUGGCGAUCUACGGUGCAAACGCCCCGCUUCGUUCCAUACUUGCGAAUGUCGUGGCUGGAGUGCUGGGAUUCUCUGUGCUGUGGACGAUUUUCUCUGCAAGAGUGCUCCUCUACUUUUGCGACAUCGCGGCGAAGCCCAUCUUUUCGAAACAAUUCGACUGGCUGCAGUCGACGCUGGUAUUCGCAAUCUUUGGUCCAAUCUGGAGUUCUGGGGCCGCCGUCGCGACGAUGUCGCAGUUGCAAGGACACCGUGUGGUGGAGGGAACAGUGGAAGGCCGCAACCAAAGCCCCAAGACAUGCUUCGAGCACCUUCACCUGCAAAAAUAUUGGCAGCGCCAGGCAGAAGAGUCGAACAGGAGUACGAGGACCAAGAGGACGAAGAGGAUGGAAGACGAGAUGAAGUGCAGGCGGAACAGGAAGAGGACGAGGAUCAGCUGGAGGAGGAAAGCGAAGAAGCCGAUCAGCCUGAAGAAGAAGAGGCCCCAGGGUGGCUGCAACGAGCAGUGGAUGUUCUCUGGAAGCAUGGUGGGGGCAACAUGA